AUGGCAGUAUCCGAUCUCUCAGCGUUUCUUCUUGACUCCUCUCUCAUUGACUACACCACCACGGUCACUCGUGAAGCGCUACAAUCCGCCCCAGAUUCCGCCAUUCACGAGCAGACGAAAAAGAGGGCAGCUCACGCUCUCGAAUUCUUUUUGAGUAUUCUCGAUCCAUCCAUCGACGAAGAGAAAAAGCAAUUGGAGAUUUUCAAGUCGUAUCACGCUGCACUGAAUGAUCCUUCCCUUGCCUCCACGGCCGUCCAGGGAUUAUCGAUCCCUCAGGGAAACACCCCUAAAAUUAAGAAAGUGCUCAAUCUCACCCCCGCCCAGCAUGUGCUCUCUCUUCCGGACACCCUCGACGCCAUAUUCGCCCACAUUCCCCUCUUAACAAAGUCCGACCGCGAUACCUUCUAUAGUGCCGCACUUACUUCCCACCCAUUCCACAACGCGGUCCAACUCAACCUCUGGCGGCGCCCCCGCGAUCUCGACACUGUUGAACAACAGGUGCGAUUCGCAUUUGGGACCGCCAUUUCUGGUGCCAUCAGCGAUAGCCUAGGGCUGUACGUCCAGCGCCUUCGUAUUCGUAUCAUCAAAGGAGGUUGGAAUUUCCGCCUCGUCGAGAAGAUCGCGUCGCUCACUCCCGGAGUCGUUGACCUCACCUUGCACUGGGGUGAUUCGGACGACGGCGAGGAGCCCGUUACAGCCAGCACGGUUACUUCACUCCAUAAAAUUCUUUCAUCUCUUCCCAACCUCAGACAUCUCUACCUGGCGAAAUUCGCCUAUACGCCUUCCGUCGAAGGCGAUCUGGCUAUUCCAGCCGAUGCCGAGAUUCCGUUCACGAAACUCGAAACGCUUCGGUUGUAUGACUUCCACUGGUACUGGCGGCCUAUAUCGACAGGUUUGGGAGCCCCACUGAAGACUCUCGACAUUGGAUACGGUACCAGCGUCGAACCUGACGAGAUUGUGGCCCUCUCAACGAAACUCCCGUCGUUGACGACUAUUCGUAUCGGUUCUGGUCUAGUCGAAGUGCGCCAUAUCCGGAAGAUUUUGGAGAACAUCCCGAGCUUGGAACAUAUUGACAUCACCAACUACAACGACGUCGACGACGAGUACGUGGCGGCUGUGAUUCCUUUAUUUGCCGUUCUCCAGGACUUGAAGGAACUUUCCUUCAACGGGGCGAUUGGCUCGCUGCAAGUCGAGCUGCUCGCAGGUGCUUCGGCCCCCCUCCAGGAAGUCUCGUUGAAGUUGAAGGGAGGUGAUGAAGUCUUGGGCGCUCUAGAGAUGCUUUUGAAGGAGAAACAUACGACACUCAAGAUUGUUGCAAUUGCUUUCGAAGGUGACGCUCCUCGUCCUACUGACAAGAUUGUCGAAGCGCUCGCCCGCAUUCCCCUCCUCGAGAGUGUUCUGAUCGACUUCGAUUCAUCACACCAACUCUCCUCGUCAUCUGUCGACGCACUCCUCAAGCAGUGCCCGAACCUCGUCCUGACAGACCAUUUGGAGACCCUGGUACAAGGAAAUGCGCUGUACGAGAAAGAGUAUAAGGCGAAGUUCGAGAAAGCGAGAGACGAAGCGAUCAAGGAGUCGGAAGAGAGUGUUCUCGGUAACUAG